GAUGCGGCGGCGGUUGAAAUGGUAACGGACGGAGCUGGUUGCGAGGGAGCGGUGGAGGGUCGCUGUCCUGGUCAUGUUGCCGUUCUGCUUUCAUGCCGGCUGUAGCCGGACGUUGGGCGUUUUACUGCGGGUGCAAGCGGCCACUCGCCAGCUCCCUUGCGCGGGGACGUCGCAUCGUGGGGCAGGCAGCGAGGCAGGCGGUGAGGCAGGCGGUGGCCACCGCUGCUACCGCCUCACCCACCGGCAGCUGCUGCGGCUGCGGGGCCGGGACACCGGCGCCUUCCUCCAGGGCCUGGUCACCAACGACGUGGAGGAUGUGGUGAGCAGGUCGCGGGAGGCCCUUUACUGUCACCUGCUUAAUCUGCAGGGUAGAACCAUGUUCGAUGUGAUCCUCUACAGGUUGCAUGCAAGCCAAGAAGAGCCAACCAUGCUCAUAGAAUGUGAUGCCACAUUGCUUGACGAUAUUCAGAAGCACUUGAAAAUAUACAAGAUUAGAAGGAAAGUGGACAUAUCCCUUUGCCCAGAUCUUUUUGUGUGGGCAGUACUCCCAUCUGAACAGUCAAUAGAUGCCAGCAGUGAUUUAGAAGCAAGUGGAAAGAAGGUGCUGGUGUGUACGCGGGAUCCUAGAACUGAUGCCAUGGGAUGGCGGUUGGUAUUGAGCAAGAUUGACAGUCCAUUAGACGUUAUCCCAGAAAGUCGUCUAGGUGACAUCCAGGACUAUCAUAGACAUCGGUAUAAGAUAGGAAUUGCUGAAGGUGUGAAAGACCUUCCAUCUGGAGAAGCAAUACCUUUGGAAUCAAACUUGGUGUACAUGAAUGGGAUCAGCUUCACCAAGGGCUGUUACAUCGGGCAAGAGUUGACAGCUCGGACUCACUAUACAGGCGUGAUAAGGAAAAGAUUGAUGCCAAUCCAACUGGACAACUCUUUGCCGCCUGGCAAUGUUCCUGAAAAGGCGCAGAUUAUUACUGAAUCUGGAAAAUUGGCUGGAAGGUUCAGGAAUUAUGAGGGUGAUGUUGGUUUAGCCUUGAUUCGAUUGGCCUAUGCCAAUGAACCUCUUCAUGUGCUCACAACAGGUGAUGUUCGUGUGUGGUUGAGAGCAUCAAUGCCAAAUUGGUGGCCAAAGGAUGAAAAGAAUAAAUAAAAGAAAUGUUGAUACUCAAUACAAAAUGUA